AUGGCGGACUCUGUGGAAGCUUUUUUGCUAGAUUUACCAGCUCUUUUGGAGCAGGCAGAAAGACACAUUCAUAACGAUAAUAUGAAUAUUGUCGAAUAUUUAAAGCGACGUCUUCAUGAUUACUAUACAGCAUUAAGUAUUAUCGUCAUGCAUUGUAUCGAACAAAAUAUUUGCAACGAAAUUGUCGGGAUGUUGCGAGAGAUUCUUCACACACUGUUCGCUAUAGUCUUGAACGUUACAAUGAACUUUGUGAUUUCAAUUUUGAUGGUGACGAUGCAUCCGAGAUUUCUUCAAACCUAUCGUUUUCGGAGGAACGUACACAUGAACCGGGCAGGCCUAGAAUAAAUGUUUCUCCUGAUACUUUAGUGGAUUUAUACAACCUCCAUAAUUCCUGGAGUAUUGUUUCCAGACAAACUGGCGUGUCAUAUAGAACGCUUUUGCGACGAAGACGUGAGUAUGGGUUGCAGGUUGCGAAUACGGUUGGUCCACGAAAUACUUACACUGAAAUUGGUGAAGAACAACUUUGCAAUGCAGUGCGAGAUAUUUUAAGAACUAUUCCUGAUGCUGGAGAAACGUACGUCAUUGGUGCACUGAGGAGUCGGGGCAUCCACAUACAGAGGUGGCGUGUUCGUAAUGCAAUCCAGACUGUAGAUCCUAUCAGUCGAGCUUUAAGACGUACUUUUGCAGUUGUAAGACGAGUAUACAAUGUUCGAUGCCCCAAUGCGUUGUGGUGAGUAAGCAUGCACUAAUCUAUUUGCGGUGUUAUUAUGUGAAUAUGUGUUAUAAGAAUACUAUUUCAUGUGACAAUGACUUGUGCCAAUACUAAUUUGCUUGUAGAAUACUGGUAUAAUAUCAUGCCUUUUAAAUUCAACAGGCACAUAGAUGGUCACCACAAGUUGAUAAGAUGGAGGUGUGUUAUCCAUGGAGGCAUCGAUGGGUUUAGCAGGUGCAUAGUAUUUCUCAGAUGCUCGAACAACAAUAAAGCGGACACUGUCCUUUCAUUAUUCAUAAAUGGAGUGAGAAAUUUUGGUUUACCAUCUAGAGUUCGAUCAGAUUAUGGAACAGAAAAUUAUUUUGUUGCAAGGUACAUGUUAGAACAUCCUGCUCGAGGCGUCAAUAGAGGCAGCAUGAUUACAGGGAGGAGUGUCCAUAACCAGCGGAUUGAGAGACUAUGGCUGGAAGUAAAAAAGCUCGUUGUAACAUACUAUAGAAACAUUUUUUAUUAUUUGGAGCAGUGUCAGUUAUUCGAUCCACUAGAUGAAAUUGCUAUGUAUAGCACAUUGCAUUACGUUUAUUGCCCACGUAUUAACCGGGCCUUAGCUGAAUUGAUGAACAGUUGGAACAAUCACCCAAUGAGUACCAUGAAUAAUCGCUCACCCUUGCAACUUUGGCAUUCUGGCUUUCAUGCAGCAAACACCAACUACUCAGAAGUUCAAGGUGUUCUUGACGAUACUAACCAAGAUUGGGAUGAAUACGGCAUUGAUGGAGAUGGACCAAUUCCUGAAAUCGAUGCCGAUGAUGUUGUUGAAGUGCCAGAAACACAUUUAACACUCACCGAAGCACAGCUGAAUCAACUGCAGAUGUUGGUUGAUCCUUUGGCUAAUGAUGAUAAUCAUGGCAUAAAUUUAUAUAACAUGACAAUAGGAAUUUUUAGAGACUGGUCUGGUUCUGAUUUGGGGGUGUAA